AAGGGUACUGUGAAAGAAAGAAAGAAAGAAAAUAAAAAAAAUCAUGAUUUAAGAGGUUGAAAUUUAAAGUCUUUUAAUUAAUUAUCUUGUUAACAAUUUCAUGUGCUUUAUAAAAGGAAAAUAUAACUCACAUGAUGUGUUACUAAGACCUCUAAUUAUCUCCACCCGUAGCUUUCUUCUUUCUCCAUCACAAAUGGCUAAGUUAGGAGAAGAAGAAGAAGAAGGUCCUGUAGAUGGGAAAGAAGACUACACAGAAGAUGGGACUGUUGAUAUCAAAGGUAAACCUGUCUUAAGAUCAAAGACAGGCAGAUGGAGAGCUUGUUCCUUCAUAGUAGGAUAUGAAAUAUUUGAGAGGAUGGCAUAUUAUGGAAUAGCAUCAAAUCUGGUGUUGUAUUUGACAAAGAAGCUCCAUGAGGGCACUGUAGCAUCUUCGAACAAUGUCACAAAUUGGGUCGGCACUGUUUGGAUUCUGCCCAUUUUAGGUGCAUACAUUGCGGAUGCUCAUCUUGGCCGAUUCUGGACUUUUCUCAUUUCUUCUGCAAUUUAUCUUAUGGGAAUGUCCCUGCUAACCCUAGCAGUUUCAGUACAUGCUCUAAGACCUCCAUCAUGCGGUCAAGGGAUCAAAGAAGAGCUAUGCGACAAGAGAGCUUCCCCUUUGCAAAAGGGUGUUUUCUACGGUGCACUAUACAUAAUUGCAGUAGGUACAGGUGGAACUAAGCCAAACAUAUCUACAAUGGGUGCAGAUCAGUUUGAUGAAUUUCAACCUAAGGAAAGGAUACAAAAGCUCUCAUUCUUUAACUGGUGGAUGUUUAGCAUUUUCUUCGGCACCCUAUUUUCAAGUACUUUUUUGAUAUACAUACAAGAUAAUGUAGGUUGGAGCCUUGGCUAUGGCCUUCCUACUGCAGGGCUUGCGGUUUCCAUCAUUGUGUUCUUGAUUGGCACUCCAUUCUACAGGCAUAAGUUGCCUGCAGGUAGUCCAUUCACGAAGAUAGCACAGGUCUUGGUUGCUGCUACAAGGAAGUGGAAGGAUCCUCUCCCGAAUGACCCAAAAGAGCUUCAUGAACUUGGCAUAGAGGAGUAUUCAAGAUCUGAGAAAUUUAGAAUUGAUCACACCCUUUCCUUAAGAUUCCUUGACAAAGCUGCUGUAAAGAGUGGAUCAAGUUCAUCGCCUUGGAUACUUUGCCCCGUGACUCAAGUUGAAGAAACAAAGCAAAUGAUAAAAAUGCUUCCAGUUUUACUAACCACAUUAAUACCGAGCACCGUUGUAGCUCAAGUAGGCACAUUUUUCAUCAGACAAGGCACCACCUUAGACAGAAGCAUGGGACCUAAUUUUGAAAUCCCACCAGCAUGUCUAACAGCAUUUGUGACGAUCUUUAUGCUGAUAAGCUUAAUCUUAUAUGAUCGUUACGUUGUGCCAAUUACCAGGCGCUACACAAAAAAUCCAAGAGGGAUUACAUUGCUGCAAAGAAUGGGAAUUGGUCUGUUCCUGCAUAUAAUCAUUAUGGUCAUAGCUUGCAUAGCUGAAAGAAAGAGACUUAGUGUGGCUAAAGAACAUAAAAUCUUUGGUAAAAGUGAUACAGUUCCUCUUAGCAUUUUUAUACUUCUUCCACAGUUUGCUUUGAUGGGUGUUGCUGAUGCUUUUGUGGAAGUUGCAAAGCUAGAGUUCUUCUAUGAUCAAGCACCAGAAGGAAUGAAAAGCUUGGGGACUUCAUAUUUCACUAGUAGCUUGGGAAUUGGGAAUUACCUGAGUAGUUUUCUUCUAACAACAGUUUCUGAUGUCACUAAGACGCAUGGCCACAGAGGGUGGAUACUGGAUAAUCUAAACAUAUCUCACUUAGACUACUAUUAUGCAUUCUUGGCAAUCCUCAGCUUUCUCAAUUUUCUAGCCUAUUUACUUGUUGCUAAGUUCUUUGUUUAUAAUGUCGAUCAAGAAUCCAAAAGAAAUAUGCAGGAAGCAAUAAUUGAAAGUUCGCCAAGCAGAAAAAUCUGAAGAUAUGAAGGCUACACUAUACUAAGCUGAUGAGACUUCUUUUGUGUGUGUACAUAUAUAAAGAAGAAAAACCAAGGUCAAGCCAUUGAUCAUUGUGUUCAUCAAUCGGUUUUCCCUGUCAGGAAAGUGUAGCACAGUGAAUGGAGUCUAAUACAUGUUAUUAGUAAACCAGUUUGUUUCAUAAAACUAACUAAAGCUGUCUUGAUUACCAA